AUGGCCAUUGCCUUCUGUUAUAAGCAAUACUUCGCGGCGGGCAAUUGUUGCACUAAAGAAAUCGAACCGCCUCAUGAAACUCCAACUGCCUGCCCUGCGCCAACGGUCAUACCGCUCGACAUCAUCGUCGAGCGAAAGCCGAUGUCAGAAGACAUCCUUAGACAAGGGUUGGACACGAUUCACGCUGCCCUUAGCGUGCGAGAUAACACCAUUGAAUAUCGUGUUGUUGGUGCGGGUGCGGUUUGGGCUAUGGGAAUGGCAUAUAGGGGCACAGCGGACUUCGACAUUGUCGUCCAGAACGCCGAGGCCAUAAAGGCUAGAAGGAUCCUCCUCCAACAUAACAAGUUUGGAAAGUCGAGCCUUAACUCCUUGUUCAUCCAUAUCGGCACUAAAUACUACAAUGUCGAUAUUCUCACAACUUCGCGAUCACAACUUUCUAUAUUUCCGCCAGGCAGAUACGAUCAGCAUGUCACCAUGGCUAUUAUAGCCCCUAUAGAUAGUAUGCUUGAGACGAAAAUUGGCGCAUAUCGUAAUCCGGAGCGGAAGGCUUCUAAACGAUCUACAGACGAGAGUGACAUAGCUUUUCUUCUGGACAUAGCGGCACAAAAAGCAAUGGCCUUCGGGUUUGAUAGCAUUGUUGAGCUUGACAAGGCCUUCAGCGCCUCAUUUCGUAGCAGAAGGCGGGAGUGUGAGAAGAGUCUGGAUCUUCUGGGUUGUGCGUUAGAAUAG